AUGUUUGCCCGAAUGCCACGCCGUCGAAAAAACAUCCGGGAUGCGGCAAGAAUCUUUACCAAACGAAACUGGGAUCGUAACGUGCUCGAUGAGAUCAGUUUGGGAAACUGGGCUGCGAAACAACGACAAGAGGAUAACACGGCUUUGUGCGAGCGAAAGCGCCAGCAGCCGCUUUGUUUUCCCUGCAGCAGCAGCAGCAGCAGCAUCAGGCAUAACCUUCGAACGACGAAGCGCGAACGUGUCGCGUUGGGUGCACGUGGCUACACGAGCAGCCUCCAGCAUAGUCAGUGAAAUCAUCGUGCGCGGACAUUGGGUGGCGGGAAACGUGCGUGUUACGGGUGCACGGAGGGAGGCCCUAAUCAAGCUAGCGCGUGAACCUAACCUAACGUAGCCGUUAGGGGCGGUUGUGUCGCCCCCGUGACGGCGAGGCGGUGAGGCGGCGGCCAGAGACGGCCGACAGAGAGAAGAGACGGUUAUCGCGGAAGUUCGGCAAUUAUAGGUGCCGAGUCGCGUUUUUUUUCGACGACUGAUAUUGAUUUGGGAGAGGCAGUUCGUAUUCGUGGCACGAGCAUACCUUGUGACUCGCAGAGGCGGCCGGCAGCGCGAUGCAUCACGGCGCACCGCGCAACCAGGGGUACUACAUCGGCCAGGGAGCGAGAGACGAAGAAGGGAGGGCAACCGCGGAGGGAAGAGGGGAAAAGACUGGAGGAUCUCCCACCGAGGACACUCUUCUCCGCCGAAACACCCCCACCAACCGACUGGCUGCCCCCACCCGACGCGCUAUCAAACCCCCUUCUACGUUCGUGCAACGGACAUAACUGUCUCUCUCCGACUCCUUUCGAUCCUCUCUCGGUCCGUCUCCCUUUCUCUGGCACACGGCGCCUCCUCUCCUCCGUGGCCCACUCUCCUCUGACGCGGUCACCGCCGCCGACGCCACCACCACCGCCGUCGCCACCACCCUCCGUUCCAUCCGCCAGGGGCGAGCUUCGAGUUUUGCCGCCCUUGGAUUCUCGCGCCGAUUUCUCGGCCGAUCGUCCUCGAUCGGUACUCAAACAGAGAUACCAUUUUAUUCCAUAAAUGACCUCAUCCAAAAAUAUAAUCAUCCUAGCUUUCAAACUUUUCCUUAGCCGAGACGCGAUACAAAUCGGCGAUAGAGAUCCUUUUCCCGAGGCGUGCACACGGGAGCUGGUAAUUUUCGAAAAUUACUUAAACCGGUCCCCGGAGCGCGACCCUGCCCACCGAGGGACCAGGACGCACCAGGAGUCCGACGGAUCUGUAAUUAAGCCGCGAACAAAGUAUAAACUCUCUGGCAUCCAAUUAAGCAGAAAAUCAAGAGGAACUCGUUGACCGGCAAUCGUCUGCAUGCGAACGAUCGAAAUUUUGCCCGUCACGCUACCCCAAUUUGCCGUGCCGGUUAGGACUGGUGCAGUAGCGACGGUGAAAAAGAAGGGGGGUUCCUAGAGGGGUUUUCGUCCCGUGGCCACGAUCAAGGAUCUCGGUUCACGGAGAGGAACCGGACUCGCGUGAAUCCGCCCCUGCCACCAUCACCACUCUCGUUCAACGCCGGCACCUUCUCCGCUCGUCCUCCACCCGACGACGCUGUCUACCAUCCCAAAGCCGAACCAGUCCAGAAAUCCCCACUCCGUGGACGCGCACCGCGGCGACGGAAGUGUGGCAACGCUGCAGCUCGCCAGUGUCUCGGUCUUGGCGAGUUACUCGGGGGGGCUCAGGCCGAGUCUACCGAGUUUGUGUCUACCGGCGCGGGUAACCCGAAAGCGAGUGUGCCGAGGAUCAAAGUCGCGGGCCUCUAGCCGGCAUGCGAGACCGUCUCGCUGCUUGAAGGCCGUACCGGAAAAACGUGAUCGAAAGGGAGGACCGGUCGAGGUGGAGUAGUAGGAGGAGGAGGAGGAGAAGAAGAAAAGUUGUUCUUCGUUUUUGUUUUCUUUUUUUUUUUAAUUUUUUUUUUUUAUUUUAUUUUAUUUUCCGGCGGAGUUUUUCUUUACGCUCGUGAUUCGAAACGAUCUCGUUUACACGGAGGGAUCGCGACGUAAUAAAGAAUCGGCAAAGAGGAAAAGAAGGAACGCGCGAAAGGAGCUGAAGAGAGAAGAAAUACCGAGAGCCGAACGAGCAAGACACACGUUUCGCGCGUUUGUCGUUCGUCACGUCACAUCUUGCCCGCCGUGAUCACGCGAACGUGCGCGCUUCGGAUCUACGUUAUAUACGAUUUUCUACGACACUUUGCCACCCACGUAUACAUACAUGUAUAGACGAACGGCGCGGUAACACGCAUCCACGUAACGUCGCUCUGUCCCGGAACGAAAACCGGCGAGAAGAGUUUGAUAGAAAGAAUAGAGAAAAAGGUAUAUUGUGAACAAACGCGCGACGAAUAAACAGUGUAAAUGGCGCUCUCGGCACAGAACCAGUCGACGUCAUACGUGAACUUGUAUUACUCGAUCGUCCAACGUGCGGCGACACGCUACUUUAAGGAAUAUUACAACUCCGAUACUGGCGCGCCCUACGUAUUGUACAAGGACAACAUGGAGAGACCCCAGGGGCAAUGGGGCCCGGGGCCGGGAUCUCUCCAGGACGGGGGACUGUAUCCGCAGCAACAGCAACAACAGCAACAGCAGGGCUCCUCCUCGUCCGGCAGUCCACAGCAGGCCUGUGGUCCUCCUGUCGAAGGAGAAAGCGGUCCCCCGCCUUCGUUGGCCUCUCCCGUGCCCUCACCGUACCCCUCGGCACCGCCUGAGCCUCAAGCCUUAACCCCACCCGACGACGACAUACAAUCGAGUCAAGCCACCUCUCAACAACAGCAGCAACAGCAACAACAACAACAGCAGCAGCAGCAGCAGCAACAAACGCAACAGCAAGUGCAACAACAGCAGCAGCAGCAGCAGCAACAACAGCAGCAGCAGCAGCAAGUUCAACAGCAACAGCAGCAGCAACAACAACAACAACAACAGACUCAACAACAAGAUCAUUCGCCUCAACAACAACUAACGCCGCACGAAGUGGACCGUACCGACUGUUUUCCUGGCGCUGGAGAGCUGCAGCAGUAUCCACAGCACUAUUUCAAAGAGACCAGGCCCCAUCCAUCGCCAUCCGUACCCCCACACAUGCUCACACCGAGUGGUUUCUCCGCGUUACAUUAUUUAAAACAACCUGGCGUAAUGCUUACGUCCCUCGGCCAAGGAGACGGUGGGCCCACAUUGGAUCCUCAUCAAUACGCGAGCCCCGGGGCACCGAAUAUGAGCACCGGUUUGCCGGACAUCGUCCAACAGAGCGGCAAGUCGGGAAAAGGAGCGAACAGCGAUCUACGUUUGUUCAAGUGUCUGACUUGCGGGAAAGAUUUUAAACAGAAGUCGACGCUACUACAACACGAGCGGAUCCAUACGGACAGUCGGCCAUACGGGUGUCCAGAGUGCGGGAAGCGGUUCAGGCAACAAUCGCAUCUAACGCAGCACCUUCGCAUACACGCGAACGAGAAGCCGUACGCUUGCGUUUACUGCGAGCGUACGUUCCGGCAGCGUGCGAUCCUCAACCAGCAUCUGCGCAUCCACUCGGGUGAGAAGCCAUACCAAUGUCCGGAGUGCGGAAAACACUUCCGUCAGAAGGCGAUCCUGAAUCAGCACGUCCGCACACACCAAGACGUGAGCCCGCAUCUGAUCUUCAAGAACGGGAUGACGCCGACGCUCUGGCCGCAGGACGUGCCGUUCCCGCCUGAGGAGGGCAAAGAGGAAGUUGCAUCGACGUUCGGUGACACGGACACCCAGUCGGGAGCGUUCAGCCCGGCGCCGGACGCGAAUUCCAUCCAAUAUCCCGCCUACUUCAAGGACCCGAAGGGUGGCAAUCACGCGGUCUUCGGUCCCGCUGGCACCGGCAGCUUCGGUGCUCUCCAGUAUAUCAAGCAACAGGGCGGCACCAAGAGCUGUUUACCGGACGUGAUACAACACGGUCGCUCCGCGGGGAUGCCGUUGUACGUACGAUGUCCGAUCUGUCAGAAGGAGUUCAAGCAAAAGUCCACGUUGCUGCAGCACGGUUGCAUACACAUCGAGUCGAGACCGUAUCCCUGCCCGGAGUGUGGUAAGAGGUUCAGGCAACAAUCUCACCUGACCCAACACCUUCGCAUACACACGAACGAAAAGCCGUACGGCUGCGUCUACUGCGGACGUAAUUUCCGUCAACGCACCAUCUUGAAUCAACAUUUACGUAUCCAUACCGGGGAGAAACCGUACAAGUGUCAACAGUGCGGCAAAGAUUUUCGUCAGAAGGCGAUACUGGACCAGCAUACGCGCACCCAUCAGGGUGACCGACCGUUCUGCUGUCCGAUGCCGAACUGUAGGCGGCGUUUCGCCACCGAACCCGAGGUCAAGAAGCACAUCGACAACCAUAUGAACCCGCACGCGGCCAAGGUGCGUAGGAACUCGAGCAGCGAUUCGAAACCACCCGGUACACCGGCCGGUUUAGGUCCAGUACCGGUGCCCCGAGGUCUCACGCCUACGGUCGUCAAGCCGGAGCUCUAUUUCCCGCAAUGUUACGCGCCCGCGUUCAAUCAUCAACCGCCAGUGUCGACGGCGCAGUUCCCGGCUCAGGCGAACGGUGUAUCCGUUGCCGGCGAGUUCAAACCACCGACUGGUCUGCCGCCGCAGUGACUAACCGUCCAUCCUGCCGCCUACUAGCAAGCAGGAAUACCGCUGAGGUUUCAGCGAUGCUUCGGUCACGCGUUACAGAGCGACGCGACAGCGGCAGCAGUCGCAGCAGCAGCAGCAGCAGCAGCAACCACCACGUCCAGUGUCGCGCCGCACCGAUGCAGCCAGCAGCCGAUCCAGCAACACUACCCGUGACAUUUAUCGUGCAUUUACUAGGCUCUUUCUUUUCGUUUCGCGAUUCGCUUACUUUCCUCGUUCCAUUGCUUCGCGCAGCCUCGGGACCCCUCACGGCCAGCUAGUCCUGAGCUCGACGGUGAUCGACCGGUUUCCCAUUCUUUCCAUCAACGAUGCUACUCUACUUCUAACUUCUACCCCCAUCCCCUUUCCUCCGACGAACGUAGACCAACAGUCGCGGAGAUCGCCAAAGUACACUUACGAUAAGCAACUGUUCUCUGAUCACCGAUCAUCGUUACCUGACGAAUACUCUGCUUCACCGGACGCAGCCAACCGAGACCGUGUUCUACCACGGCGUAACACAAUUACUAUAGAUAGUUUAAACAAGAUAGAAAGUAAAUCCAGUGGGAUAUAUCCAACGAGCUACGCGACUGUCGAAGGAUUCGAGAGGGAAAGAGGAGGGCAAGCUUGGUGCGGCAAGCCUUUCUCGUCGUUCACCGUCGAGCACAUCACCGGCGUCGAUUGAGUGAAUCAACCAACGAAGAAUCUCGUCUAUUCCCCUAAACCUCCCCGAUACGUAUUUUUUAUAUAUAUUAAAUGAAUUAACGACGUACCUUGUCGCGUUUUUUUCGUGGAUACGCGAAUAGCUCGAGAGAGUUCGGUGGUUCAGCGCGCAGGCAGGCCGUCCGAGGUGUCGUUCGUCACACCGCUCAUAAAUACACAUCACUACAGACACACGAAAACACGCAUACUCGUAUACGCCGUGUUUCGUAAAGACACACGGGGGGGAGGGGGGGUUAAUAUUAAUGUUCCAUCUCGAUCAGAACAUUGCCCGAAUGAAACAAAAAGAAUAAUCUAAACGAUUGUGAUACGAUAUUUAACUUGCCUAUCUUUAAAGAGACAAAGAAAUGGAAAGCAACAGAAUGCGAAAGAAGAAGCAGCAAAAUGUGAGAUACGUUUGCCUCGAUAGAGGAAGGUGAAUACACGACCACGAGAGGAAUGCCUGUAAAUAUGUAAAGCCGUUCACUUCGACGAACAAAUAACACGGGGAAAGGUAAAAAAAAAAAAAAAAACAGGAAGAAGAAGAGCACGUUGAAAUGGCGCGAAAAAGAAGUGCGUGAGUGCGUGAAUGCUUUACGUGUGUGAAAGAAGGAGAGAAAGAGAUGCUCGAACGCGGGGGUGGAAGAAGGACGAAGAGGGUACGAGAGUGGGUAAAGGAUCGUUGAAGAGAUACACAAGAAAAAAGAAGGCAAAAAUUGAAGAAGUAACAGCAAAGAAAUAAAAGAAGGUAAAGGAAAAAAAGAAAGAAAGAGUGUGGGAGAAAAAUGUGCAAAAGGAUGAAGAAGAAGAAGAAGAAGAAGAGAGAUUAGGCAGGAUUUACGAGGACGGUGUAUCCCCCCAGUGUGCUGAGCCAUAAUUUUUUUUUUUUUUUGCUUUUUUUUUCUCUCUUCGAGGUACGACAAGUUUUUGACGACGACGCUAGUUGCGCAAAAAGGGGAGGGUACGACUCUUGUAUACUAUAGUAAUAUUUGAAUGUAUAUUUAUACGACAGGUUAUAUUAUUCUAUUAACUAUAAUGAUGAUAUUUUGAAUCGGUUUUAAAAUCAGAUUGGUGCUGAAUUAUAACACUAGGUAAGCGACAAUGAAAACAAGAAAAAAAAAAACGAAAGAGGAGGGAACGUGGAAGAAGGCUGAGACACCGUAGAGUAGCGUAAGUAGGGUUUAGUCGAUAGAGAGUAUAGCUCGAGAUAAAAAAAAAAAAAAUGAAACAGUCGAGAAUAGAAGGAGGAAAAGAAGAAAAUGAAGAAAACGAAGAAAAGACUUUCACGAGAGUCCGCUCAUCCGAAACUUAAUAAUAAUGAUAAUAGUAAUAAUAAUAAUAACGCAAUUUAUCAUCACAUCAACCGGUAAAAAAAAGAAGGAAGAAAUGAAUAAAUAUUUCGUGGCAAUAUUAUGAUAAAAAAAAAAAAAAAAAAAUGAAAGAAAAUGAUGAAGAAAAGUAAGGAACACACACGAACACAAACACACACAAAAUAUUGAAGAAAAUUUCAACGUACUAGAGAAUAGUCUUUUAAAUUUCUAUAUUAAGACGUGUGAUCUCUCUAAUUAUUGUACAUUAUAUAUAUAUAUAAAUAUAUAUAUAUGAUCUAUAAACUAUAGAUGACGAGAUGCAUAAGUAUAUGAUUACGAUUAUACGUAUAUUAGGCGUUCUACAGUUAGUCUUUUAUCAUUUAGACACAGAGAUGAUCUGAAGAUGAAUAAUUGUGCGGCCAUAUUCUCUGUGGCCUGUUCGUAGUGCCUCGGAAUUGCUGCUCGCGGCAGUGAUUUGACCGUAUUUUAGGAUGGUAUAUUAAUUAAUUAAUUAUAUUGAGAACUGCAAUUAUCGAUACUCUGAUACAGUACUAAAAAGAAGUGGAAUAAGAUGAAGAAAAGAAAAGAACAAAGGAAAGUGAGCGGAGUAGAGAUGAAAUAAGAAUGAUGCAAAAGAAGACGAAGAA